GUCACUAUUUAUCUGGGCGCGGGGAGUCGGCACGGUGGCAGCGAGCGGUCCGUCCGAGCCUCUCGGUAAUUCGCUGUGGUCAGGGCGCGCAGUCGAGGAUAGAACGUUUACUUCAUCAAAUAUGAUUUGUAUCCUCCGUUUUAUCCCCAGAAAGGAUAAUAUGCAAGACCAAGACAAUAGAAGCAUGUGUCUAUAGCCUUGGUGUACUUUUGGGACUCCUCCUUUCACCAGCUGCAGGCCUAAUUUUAGUCAACACCAUUCAAGACUUGCUCUUGCUGGAUUCGUCAUUAUCUGCCUACAUUGUUACAUAAGUUACUUUGCAGAAUUUUCUUAAAGCUGGAUCCAGAGUUCCUGAAAAAUAAAAGUGCCUUCGCUUUUUGAAAUCUAUUCCUUAAUUUCAGAAACAGCAGUAUUAAGUUUCCCUGCCCAGAAAGAAAAGAAAAUGAUCCCUAAUGGGUAUUUAGUUUUUGAAGAUGAGAAUUUCAUUGAAUCAUCUGUGGCCAAACUCAAUGCUCUAAGAAAAAGUGGACAGUUCUGUGAUGUGAGACUGCAGGUCUGUGGACAUGAGAUGCUGGCUCAUAGAGCUGUCCUUGCUUGCUGCAGCCCUUAUUUGUUUGAAAUUUUCAACAAUGAUAGUGAUCCCCAUGGAUUUUCUCAUGUGAAAUUUGAUGACCUCAAUCCAGCUGCAGUUGAGGUGUUAAUGAAUUAUGCCUACACUGCACAACUAAAAGCAGACAAAGAACUUGUAAAAGAUGUAUAUUCGGCUGCCAAAAAAUUGAAGAUGGACCGGGUGAGACAGGUCUGUGGUGAUUAUAUACUAUCCAGGAUGGAUGUCCAGAACUGUAUUUCUUAUCGAAAUUUUGCCAGUCAGAUGGGAGAUUCCCGGUUGUUGAGUCAAAUUGACAGUUGCAUUCAAGAGAACUUGUUGGAGAUUUCUGAACAGGAAGAAUUUUUAAAACUUCCACGAUUAAAGUUGGAGGUGAUAUUAGAAGAAAAUGUAUGCUUGCCAAGUAAUGGUAAAGUUUACACAAAGGUAAUCAACUGGGUGCAGCGUAGUGUCUGGGAGAAUGGAAAGAAUCUGGAAGAUCUGAUGGAAGAGGUUCAAACCUUGUACUACUCUGCUGAUCACAAACUGCUUGAUGGGAGCGUACUAGAUGGACAGGCUGAAGUGUUUGGCAUUGAUGAUGACCACAUUCAGUUUGUACAGAAGAAAUCUCCGCGGGAGAGCAAUCACCGGCACAUAUACAGCAGCACUUCUGGAAAUCUGUCUACUCAAGUGCAAACAAACAAACAUGAGUGGAAAAUCAUUGCCUCAGAGAAAACGUCAAGCACUACUUAUCUAUGCUUGGCUGUUCUAAAUGGUGUACUGUGUGUCAUCUUUCUUCAUGGCCGCAACAGUCCCCACAGUUCACCUGCCACCACUCCAUGUCUAAUAAAGAGUGUAAGUUUAGAGAUUCAGGCUGAAGAUGAUAAACUCCUGUCUCCCAUGCAGUACGCUCGCUCUGGUCUAGGAACAGCAGAGCUGAAUGGCAAGCUAAUUGUUGCUGGUGGCUAUAACCGUGAGGAAUGCUUGCGAACAGUUGAGUGUUAUGAUCCUGCAACCGAUGGAUGGACUUUUAUUGCUCCAAUGAGGACACCACGGGCACGGUUUCAGAUGGCAGUGCUAAUGGGUCAACUGUAUGUAGCCGGAGGAUCUAAUGGCCACUCAGAUGAACUUUGCUGUGGUGAAACUUAUAAUCCAAGUACUUGUGAUUGGACUCCGGUGCCUGAGCUUCGUACUAAUCGUUGUAAUUCAGGUGUAUGUUCACUGAAUGGAAAACUGUAUAUUGUUGGUGGUUCCGAUCCAUAUGGACAGAAAGGAUUAAAGAAUUGCGAUGCUUUUGAUCCAGUCUCAAAAAUCUGGACAAAUUGUGCUGCUCUGAAUACACGUAGACAUCAGGCUGCUGUAUGUGAACUGGAUGGUUACCUAUAUGUGGUUGGAGGUGCAGAAUCUUGGAAUUGCCUGAAUACUGUGGAAUGUUACAACCCUGAGAACAACACUUGGACAAUGGUUUCACCCAUGAAUAUGGCUCGCCGUGGAGCAGGAGUAGCUGUUCAUGAUGGAAAAGUAUUUGCUGUUGGGGGUUUCGAUGGAACCCAUGCACUCUGUUGUGUUGAGAUGUAUGAUCCUACCAAAAAUGAGUGGAAGAUGAUGGGAAGUAUGACAUCAGCAAGGAGUAAUGCUGGAGUUGCUGUAGUAAAUGGACUCCUUUAUGCUGUGGGAGGCUUCGAUGGCAAUGAGUUUCUGAACAACCUGGAAGUAUAUGAUCCAGAAACCAAUGAAUGGAGCCCAUGCACCAAAACAAAUAUGCCCAGUUUAUAAAAUUUUGCAUUUUCUCAGCAGCUUGAGUUUAGUGAUUUGUGUUACACUUUUUUUUUUGCAGGGAUUAUAAUGGGAGGAGACUGUUUAUGGUUGGAUAUAGGUUUCUAGAACAACUUGAAGCAUGAAGUCUGGAUUUUUAUGGUAACAUAAAACCUUUUUUGGGUUUGCUUAUAAUUAAUUUGAGCUGUACAUACUAUUAUCCCAAGAUGUAGGUAUGUUUGUGUAUUCCUAGUGGGUUAUUUUGGUUAACUGCAAACCUGAUGUGCAGGAGGUUUUUGUUUCAAAAUUUGGAAAAUAGGAAAAGUGUUUAUUCAAUGGAGCUUCCCCAAAAUUUUGUUUUGCAUUGUUUGCACACGAUCUCAUCAUGAAGUUCUGGUUUAAAGACAUACAAUGGUAAUCUUGGGGUUUGUAGUGGAAGGGGUGUGACAAGAAUGGCAAGCAGGAUCAUAUUUCCUAUCUUCCAGUUUGUUUUUAAAUCCUUCCUUGGGGUUUAAACAAGUCAUGGAUAAGCUGACCAGCCUGCAGUUAGAGCAUUUUUUUUGGGUUCAAUGUUUUAUCAUCUUUUAUAAACAAUUUUUAUACUUGGAUGAAUAUACAGUAGAACAAGAUUGUUUGGAAGCAUUAAACUAAAAGCUUACAAUUAGAAUUUGAAGUGCCAGAGUGGGACAUACACAAUUCUAGAAAGAGCUUUCAAUGUUUGCCUCUGCUAUAACUUAUUGUACUACUCUAAAUGCUCGAACUUGACAAGGGAUUUCAAAUGUGUACUUGUAUUAGGAUGGAUUAGUGAAGGAUUAAGGAGCACCUUUGUGAGAAUCAAAUGUUACAAACUAUGUAGCUAACAAUCCUAAAACAAUAGAUGACAUAGGCAAUUAAAUAUUUGAACUCUUAA